GCCCAUGUCCAUGUCCAGGUGGGGAAUAGAAACAGUGGAGCGAGAAAUGGAAGCACUUUCUACCAAAGAAACAAAAGAAAUGGAAGCACUUUCUUCGCCGUUUUCUCCAGGAGUCUCACCAAUCGAACUAUCAGAUUGUAUCGAAGAACUUUUAAGAUUCACUCUGUCGUCUUAUGUCAAUGAAACCCUAGAAUUCGAUCUUGGUUUGUCGAAGGAAUACUGCACUGAUCUCCUUAAAGAUGAUAACGCUGACUUAAAUUCUGAUGGAUCAGUGACGCGCACGAGCCCCAAGAGCAAAACUGAGUGGAUUGAUCGGUGGCCUUAUCUGAACCCUAACACAACCAGAGAUCAACAAGAUACUGCUGGAUAUGUCUCGCUUUAUCCCUUGUACAAGUCUCUAGCAUCUGCUCUAUGCCAGUUUCUAACUUCUGGAUCCUUUCAGAGAACAUGCUGUGGAUUAAUUUUCCAGGAAGAUAAGUCCAUAAAAAAUCAGAAAAUAGAUGAGUGGAAUAAACUAAUUUUGGAUAAGUUUUCUGAAUUAAUAAAUAUGUUAAAGCCUGUUGAAUUUGAACUUCAUGUCCAGGAGCCAUUCUUUUCUCAGCUAAGAGCUGGCCAAAAAACAAUUGAAGGGAGGUGUGCUGCUGGUGACUACAAUCGAAUUGGAUCAGGUACUAUGCUUCUCUUCAACAAAUGUUUGUUGCUUGAAGUUAAGGAUGUCAGACGGCAUGAUUCAUUUUCUGAGAUGUUGGAGUUAGAGUCCCUUCCAAAGGUUCUACCUGGUGUAAAUUCAAUCGAAGAAGGUGUGCAAAUCUAUCAUAAGUUUUAUACAGAAGGGAAGGAAAAGUCUAAUGGUGUCCUUGCAAUUCACAUUACGAAACCAACUUCUCAGCCCUACGUUUCCCUUGCUAGCAUAAUAUCUGAAUUGAGUUACGACGGCAUACAUAGCCUUUUGGGGUUGGCUUAUACUGCAGGAUCAGCUCCUGAUGCACUUCCUCCACCAAGAUAUGCUCUGCUGUCAUCUUUUGUGAUGCCUCAUAAGCCAAAUGAUCAAUGGAUAGAGUAGAAGCUGACCUCUUGAAUGGUGGUAAAGACAUGCCAAUUAAUGAAGCCACCUUUUUUUUGGGGGGGGGGGGGGGGGGGGGGGGGGGGGAACAAAAUUGACCCAAUUAGAUUUUCUUGGGCGUAGCUUUCUAGCUUUUUUAAGAUUCUUAUGUAAAGGAUUAUGGUGAGUCAACUGUCCUUUGGUUCAGAUUGUAUCAUUUGGGUGACCUUGGUGACAACAGUUCUAAAUAGCUGUCCCUUGGCACAUGGAAUGUAUAAUAGGUGUCCUGAAUUCAUUAUCCUGAAUUCCUUGGCACAUGGUAUUGAAUUGCUUUGCUUGUCAGAGUGGGUCAAGGAAACAGAUUGUUGCUUAAUCUAUAUUUAUUAUCCUUCCAAUGUUUGGAACUCUUUCCAAAA